UGCAAAGCGGUGUUGGUUGAGGAUGGAUCGAUUACAGCUGUGCUAGGGUUUGUUCCUUCUCCUCUAGUUUUCAAUAACCUUCACACCGUAAUGAUCGACUAAUCUUCUCGUUUUUCUGCUCCCUCAGAAGCGCUAUAAUGGACAACCAUGGCGACAACAGCUCCCCCAAACCGAGCUACAACAAGGGCAAAAACGUUGUCGCACCUCCCGACACCCUUGGGUAGAAACGUACCGCCCCCCGUCCCUCGCCGACGUGGCCACACCCAUCGCGACAUCAUCAACACCAGUAACCACCUCUUUCCCCAAUUUCCUAGGGCUUACAUAGUACCAUUUUUGUAUAUCUAUGUUUUUAUUUUCGAUCGGUGACUUUCUUCGAACAGUUGAUGGGCUUUUUUGAGGUUUGUGUAUUUGAUUUGGGCAUUUUGUCGAACAGUCGAGAACAGAUUGCCGCAUUUGUUACUAUACGGGCCUCCCGGGAUGGGCAAGACGAUGCUUACGGUGGCCCGAAAACUGUACGGGAUGCAAAUGCACAACAUGGUCUUGGAGCUGAAUGCGUCGGACGAAUGCGGGAUCGAUAUUGUUAGGCAGCAGAUUCAUGAUUUUGCUAGCACUCAGAUCUUCUCUUUUGGGUCAAAGAAGAAGGCGGAGAGGCAAUGCUACCACCCAUGUGGUGGUUCAGAAACCAUAACAAAGACGCCACCACAACCCCAAGAUUGCAAGAUGCUCGCCAUGGCACAAAACCACCACAACUCCCAAGAUUGGAAGCACAAUUAGAUUUUCCCCUUUUUGGUUAUGCCGAUGUUGAGAAAGAGGUAAUAAACAGAACUUUUGCAUGGGCUACCCCUUGUCAAGUAUCAACUUUGUAUGGUUGUGACUUGUGAGGGUUUUUUUCUCUUCCAUACAUAUUGGAGAGAUAAAGAUAUGAAGAAGCAAAAAAA